AUGUCUUACGUUAACAUUCCCCGAUAUCGAGACGACCCCAAUUACCGCUAUAAAAUGCCCAGAAUCCAGUCUAGGAUCGAGGGCCGCGGAAACGGUACUAAAACUAACAUUUCUAAUAUGGGAGAUAUAGCUCGCGCACUCAAGAGACCACCAACAUACGCAACAAAGUUCUUUGGCUGUGAAUUAGGAGCUAUGUCAAAGUUUGAGGAGUCAGAAGAGAAGGCAUUGAUCAACGGAGCACAUACCGAUACAACACUAGCAGGCGUAUUAGACAAGUUCAUAGAGUUGUAUGUACUCUGCCAAAACUGCCAGCUGCCUGAGAUCGAGCUGUUUGUUAAGCGCGGUGAGCUCCUGUGUUCAUGUAACGCAUGUGGCCACAAGGGAACCCUGGAUAUGACGCACAAAGCCGCAAGCUACAUGAUCAAGAACCCAGUCAACAUACCAAAAAUAACAAAGGAAGGCUCAAGCUCAAAGGAGUCAACAAAUGGCGUGACGAUUAACACAGGCUUAAAGUCCGACAAGGCCAAGAAGCACCGUGACCCAAGUAAGUCUGAAAAGUCAGAGAAAGUUGACAAGUCAGAGAAAACUGAAAAAUCUGACAAGGUGGGGAAGAUAGAGGAGUUAUCCAUCGAGAGUCCUGAAUUGUCAGAAAUAGUCACAAGGUUACGCUGUUACUUGGAGAAAGGCGAUAGGACCUGUGAGGACUUUUCUGAAGAGCUCCACAUGCUUCAGAUUUCCCAAGGCUUUGACAACGUAAGUCGCAUGUUCAUAGCUCUUUCUGCCAUUUUCAGUUCUGACGUACCUCUUACACUAGAACUCUUUAAGGAUAGGAUUCAACUGGUAAAGGCUGCCACUGGGUAUUCCAUGACAGCUAAGGAAAAGAUUUCUGCACUUGAAUAUUUUAUUUUCCAGUCCAACCCUCAUGAAAUAACUAACUACCCCUACUAUUCACAGCUUCUAUACUCCCAUGACAUUCUCGAAGGAUCUGACUUCAUCAGAUACUAUAACAAGAGCAACCGUCACUCUGGAAACCUCAACAACAUCUACCUCAGGGCGAAGGAAACCAUAGCACCAUUUAUUGAGUGGUUACAGGAGGAUUAA